UUUCUCCGUUGUGGCGAAAUCUUAGUCGAAAUGGCUCCGGUAGACCGAAAAACGACGAAUAAAAACUUUACGAAAAACAGUAAAAAUUGGAAAAAAGGUAAAGAAUCGUCAGCUGGCGUGAAAAAGAACCGGAAAUGGAUUUCACAGCACAAAGUAUUUGAAGGCAGCGUUAAAGAAGGUCAAGGAUUUGCUCUGAAAAGAAAACAGAAAGUUAAAUAUGAAUACAACAAACUAUUGAAGAAGGAGAAGAAGAGAAAUCCUGAUUCCAAAAUGCUGUACAAGGAGGAAUAUCCGGAACACCUCAAGCAUCUGUACAUGGCAGAGGAGGAGAAGCUGAAAAAAGAAGCCUGGGAAAACAGAGUCAACAGGACUAAGCAUAGAAUGCAGGGGCAGGAGACGAGGGAUGAAAACGAAGCGGAUGAAGUCGUUUCUGAACCGACAGAUUCCACACCUGUGGCCCCGGAGGAAACGGCAGACGCUGGGAAAGAAAGCCUUCCAAUGAGCAACCGCAUGAAGAAGAAACUGCAGAAGAAGACAUCCUACCAAAAGACAAAGGAGGAAUUCGAGAAAAUCAAAGAAAAGCGAAAGAAGAAAAAAGAGGAAUAUCUCAAAAACAAGCAGCAGAGAGAAGAAGCCAUCAAGCGGUACAAGCAGAAAAAGAUGGAAACAUUUCAAAUUCUGAGCAAAAAGACCAAGAAAGGACAGCCGAACCUCAACCUGCAGAUGGAUUAUUUACUUCAGAAGAUCCAAGGAAAGCAAAAAUGAUGACAAAAAAAUGAGCAAAGUGUUUAAAUUUUAAAAUAAAAGUUCUCACAAAUGCAAUAUAUAAAUAAUAUUGUUAUAAAGAAUGAAUCAUUUUGUAGCAACAACAACAAAAAAAAGUAUUUUUACACCACAAGAUGGCAUUGUUGGCUACAAUAUGCAGCUUCUGUCUAUACACACAUUUUUACUGAUAAUGCUUUUAUUUUGAAGUAAACAAAGAAAUAAAUGUUUGGUUAAAGGUCUGAACUCUUAUCUAAAAAUGAAUAAUAAAUCAGAAUUAUUUAGCAGAACCUUUUUGGAGAGAGAAUUUCUAUUCUAGAGCAGAGAUCUCCAUCAUUAUUGUGAAUUGUUAAAUAAAACAUGUUUGUGGCACAUUA